CAUAGAUUAAAUCCCUCCCAAAACCUUAGAACUUCACUUCCCUCAGGUCAUAAUUUCCUCCCCGCCAAAGAAAUGGCUUCUGGGUUUUCUUCAGCAACCAAUUUAGCCGCUGCAAUGGCACUAUCCUUCUUCAUCUUGCUCGCCGCUGCUCACACAUCCUCCCCUGUUCCACCCUCGUCCUCUGCUCCACCGCCGCUCCCUGACGACGAUGAUGUAAUCACACUAAAGGAUAAGAAAACGGCCUAUCUAAUGCCGACAUUGGUCUUGUUCGUGUUCAUUUGUCUCACCUUGGCUUGUCUUUGUAUACUGGGCGGCGGCUCCAACGGAACUGUUCUCAAGGUUCAGGUUGUGUUGUCUGCUAGAGCUGGUGACACAGGCCGUGUGCUCCGCGACAUAUUUGCAAACACUAACAGACCAGAGUCUAUAACAUCAUCGAAGUUGAAAGAGACCAUAAAUGCACUGUUGGAGCACCAAAGCAGCUUCAUCUAUGGCUCUUCUACAUCCGUGGAAGGGAAAUCCUCGGAUGGUUUUUGGCCUCUGAAGGGAAUGGUGAGGGAAGAAGAGAGAAAGCUGAGAAUCGAACGAGAGUAUGUCUAUAAUAAUCAGUUGGUUCCCAAGUUAGCGCCGAAACAGGACAAAGAUUACACUGUGGUGGUGAUUAUGGUGCAUGCUGCGGGUGAUCAUAAGCUCCCAGCGGUCAGUAGUAGUGUGGAUGUGAAAGAAGCUCUCAACUAUCUGGAAACCAAGUUGUUCUCCAGAGUUCUGGGCGUGGAGGUAAUGUGGGCUUACCAGGAUCCUUUGCGAAUUGUGGAAUUGCUUGAUAGCUAUCCAGACCUGAAUUGCAUCCUUGCUUGAAUCGUGAUGACGCAAAAUAAAUAAUUAUUUAAUUAAUUACUACCGCUCCCUGAUAGUCUUUGUACUAGCUGUUUCAUGUUGUUAUAGUUGAGGGUUUAUGUCAGAUUGCUCAAUCUGAUAAAUGAAGUAAGGAGAUAUUAGGGUAUGCGUAGGAUUUAAUGAGUAUUAAAGUAAUAGGCGGGUUGGUAUUUGCGAUUGUUAGAACGAAUGCAUUCUAUGUUUAAGUGUAUAUAUUUGAUUUCAAUAUUUGGUAGUUGUGAUUGUAGUUAUUUUAGGAAUAAUAUAAGAAAUUUAUUUUUAUUGAAA